CGCAUCUGAUCCUACCUUAUUGUCUUUCUUCGCCUUGCGAGCACUCAACCGAGCAAUUCAGAUCGAGCUCGUUCGCGCCAUGUCGUCGGAGGAGAAUGUCCCUUCACAGCAUGCUCCCCAAUUCCAUAUCUUGAGUUUCUUCCGUGACGAGGAUGACAAUUGCGCCUUGACCGCUGUCCAAAACAAUGUACGCUUUCACGUUAUCGCGGAGAUCGAGAAGCUUGAUCAUGCCAUCAUUGGAGGUGAAUACGUCGAACUCCUUGAGCAUCUGAAGCGACAGGAGGAUGGAGCAGAAGCGUCGAGCGUAACAACGGACAGCGGCGUAGAUGUCACUAAUGGCAAGCAAGAGUUCACGCAGACAGACGAAGAUGCGGAAACGGCGUUACAAAGCUGGAUGUUACAACCACUAGGCUCUAUCAUCGACGAAUAUGCUUCUGCUUCCGCAAACGAGGGACAGCAGACGUUGAAAAAGUGGUACACCGGACCCGUGUAUUAUUUCAAUCUGGAAGUUGAGAACGACAGUCUGCAAGCCAUAGAGCUUGAGCCGGACGACGAGCUGAAACAGCGUGUAGACGAGCUGCUGCCACAAAUCAGCAUCCCGAAAUACGUGCGCGACAUUGAUGUACCCAUUUUCUGCGCGGAGGAUCUUCUAGUCCUGGACUGCAGUCACUCGCCACCUCCCUAUCACCCUUCCCGUGUCCAGGUCAAUGGCACGGACGAGGUGUUCUUCCUCAAGCUUGUGGACAACAGCCAGCCGCAGCCUACUAAGCGGGAGCUGUCUUUGCUGAACCGUAUCGCGCAAAGGGGUCUUCACAAGCACAUUCGAUGUCCCAAGUUGGAAGGCUUAGUGAUCUGGGACAAUGACCACUCAAAGAUCAUGGGCUUCUUGCAGACAGACAUUCCCGAUCCGACACCGCUGACGUUAAAGCUGGACGCCACAGUACCGCAAGAACUUCGGGAUCGAUGGGCAGCCGAAUCAGAGCGUAUGAAGAAUGUACUCCACGAGCACAAUAUCGUCUGGGGUGAUGCCAAAGCAGACAACUUCAUGGUCGACAAGAACGACGACCUCUGGAUCAUCGACUUCGGCGGCUCGUAUACUGAGGGGUGGGUUGAUGCUGGUAUCAAGGAGACUGCGAAAGGAGACGACAUGGGUGUCGAGAAGAUUGCGAACGCGCUGCAUGACCCGGUCGCGAAUACGUGGGAUCCUGACACGGCGAAGAGCUUUGGUGGCAGCCAGCGGGCGAGUGAGCAGCUAAACUUCAAUAAGAAGCGGAAGGCAGAAGACAGCGAGGAGCAUCAAGCCAGAAAGCGUCAUCGCAGUGGCGAAGGAGCCGCAGAGGAGGAUGUAUACUGCGUCUGCGAGACGGUCGGAUCCGGUCGCAUGAUCGCUUGCGAUGAAGAGACUUGCGAGGGGGCUUGGUUCCACUUCGAGUGUGUUGGCUUGACGGCGCCACCUCCGGAAGAUCAGCCAUGGUACUGUCCAGAGUGUCGAAUAGCAUAAAUCGCGCGGACAGGUUCGAACUGCUUCAACUUCCGCAAGCUUUUCGCCUUUCCCGACGAUGGCCUUGCACACUGUCUCCAAGCGUCAGCGACCCCUACGAUGUAUAGCGAGCGCAAGUG